GCGAACUCUGCUGGGCGUAUCACCCAAAGUACGUGCCAAGAGCCGCCCGAAGCCUGACCCAAGCCCUGCAGGUGACACCAUCAGGUCAACAUGGUGGCACGCAGGGCACUUCACCACACGCUCUCGUUCCCUGUGCUGCUAUAUUCGUUCCUUUUGCCAGAGUCAAUUUCGUUUUCAAUCCCUCCCUUUCCCUCCAGUUCCGACUUCCCUUUGACCUCUCGACACUGUGCCUUGUUCUCUUCCCUGGUGUCGACUUUUGGGUGCGCAUUGUCACAGGGAUUUCUGCCUCCAUCGCCAUUCAAUUGUUGAUGUUUGCAUACACUCUCCUACACGCUUCGAGCCCCUGAGAUUCGGCCGCCACCCUACAUCUUGUAGAGCAGUCACUCGGUCAAGAUGUCGACUGACGAUUUGGGAUCACUUCCCUACGUUCCGCUGGACGUCUACAAUGGAACGUCGAUGACCGGUGGGGAUUCUCUCACGGAGGAUCUCAAUGUCUAUUACAAUGCCGGCGACAUCGCCUGGAUGAUCACGGCCACAGCCUUGGUGUUGCUCAUGAUUCCUGGUGUUGGCUUCUUCUACUCUGGCCUUGCGCGACGGAAGUCCGCCCUGUCACUCAUCUGGCUGUCUGUCGCAGCCACAGCCUUGAUCUCCUUUCAGUGGUUCUUCUGGGGUUACUCCCUGACCUUCUCCCACACGGCCGGCAAAUUCAUUGGCGAUCUCGAAAACUUUGGCUUCCGCAAUGUCUUGGGUGCUCCCUCGGUCGGAUCAAGCAAGAUCCCCGACCUCAUGUUCGCCGUGUACCAAGGAAUGUUCGCUGCGAUCACCGUCGCCCUCGCUAUCGGCGCCGCUGCCGAACGUGGACGAAUGCUGCCCGCCAUGGUUUUCUCCUUCAUCUGGGCGACCGUCGUCUACGACCCUAUUGCCUGCUGGACCUGGAAUUCGUCCGGCUGGGUCUUUAAGAUGGGUGGUCUUGAUUUCGCGGGCGGUACCCCUGUCCAUAUUUCCUCCGGUGCUGCUGCUCUGGCCUACUCUCUCAUGUUGGGAAAGCGUCGUGGCCACGGUACUCACGAGCUGAACUAUCGCCCACACAACGUGACACACAUUGUUAUUGGCACUGUCUUCCUUUGGGUCGGGUGGUUCGGGUUCAAUGCUGGUUCCGCUUUGUCUGCCAAUAUCCGUGCCAUCAUGGCUGCGGUCGUCACCAACUUGGCAGCGAGCGUCGGUGGCCUCACCUGGUGCAUUCUUGACUACCGCUUGGAACGCAAAUGGUCUACCGUCGGCUUCUGCAGCGGUGUCAUCGCAGGCUUGGUCGCCAUUACUCCAGGCAGUGGUUUCGUUCCGGCGUGGGCUGCUGUCGUUUUCGGUGUUGUGGGUGGCGCUGCUUGCAACUAUGCCACCAAGCUCAAGUUCCUCCUCCACAUCGACGACUCCCUCGAUAUCUUUGCCAUCCACGGCAUCGGCGGCCUUGUCGGAGAUCUUUUGACGGGGUUCUUCGCCGCGGACUACAUCGCUCAUCUGGACGGAUUCAGCGAGAUCCCUGGUGGUUGGCUCAAUCACCACUGGAUCCAAUUGGCUUACCAGCUCUGCGACGGUGUCACUGGAAUGGCGUAUUCCUUCGUCCUCAGCUGCAUCAUCUUGUUCGUCCUCAACUUCAUCCCAGGCCUGCAUCUUCGCGCCUCUGAACAAGAAGAGAUCAUGGGUAUGGACGAGACCGAGAUUGGCGAAUUUGCAUACGACUAUGUCGAGUUGUCCCGAGACGUGGUCAAUGGUCUCGAACAGGACACUCCUGCCCACCGAGAAGCCCCAAGCUCCGAUGGCGAGCACCCAGAGAAGCCGGCAAAUGUACCCCAUUCACCAUGAACGAGGAGGACGGUGGGAGGAGAUGAUAGAUUUUCAAAGACGUGACAAACAGUACCCACAGCUCUACAGAUGGCUCCCAUUCACCGACCAUCUCUUGUAUUGAAUAGAUAAGAGUUUCCUUCAUCUUUUUGAGUUAGCUCAUUAAAAUUAUCCUCGACACUGUUAAUCAAAACCCAUCACAAGUUCCCUGGAGAUUAUAAGAAGCAGCGUCCAAUCUUUGUCCCGGGUUGUUGUUAGCUGUCUUUCUAUGUACGUCGGAAUCGCGCAGAUUGUUUGCGCCUGCUCGUUGUUUGGUCUUAUACUCGGUCAACAGCCGUAGCUCAGGACA